GCAGUAUUUAUUACAAGCAUGUAACGCCCCAAUAGCGAGGCAUCAACGAAACCUGUAAUUAAACAUUUAAAUAUUAAAACACAAAAGUAAUAAAAUAGAAUUUUUUUUUAAAGGUAACAUACAAGAAUAUCAAACCAUUGUUUUUGCAAACAAAUACUGUAAUUAAUAAAUUGUCGGCUAUAAUUUAUAACAUUUUAAACACACGUGACAACCUGACAUUAAUGAAAAAUACUCUUGUCCUGAGAACACAGUUCAACCUUUCGAUUCAUAUCUACCUUCAUUAUAGUUGAUCCUUAAAUGAACGAUGGAUUUACAGUGGUUUUGAAUGUAUGUGUGGUUUUACUGAGUUCAAAACUAUAGCAACAAUUUAUAUUUGAAUUUUUGUUUGAAAGAUAGAAUUCUCAAAACAUUAUACAAAUUUAAGAGGAUUUUAAACUAGUUGUUUGAAACCAACAUACAAAACCUCUGCUAGAGCAAAAACACAUUUGUGUAACAGUCCCAAUGUGACAAUUUUCCCCAGUUUGCCAUGUAAUUGUGUUGCAGUGACAUUAGUUUGCUUGACAUCUUUCCUGAUUUUUUUCUUCCUUCUUAUGGGCCAAAGCUGGCAGGUGGAGAUAAAACUAAGGAAAUGUAAAUGAAAGGAAGACGAAAAGCAGAGGAGCAGAGAGAGGGAAAGAGAGGUGGAGCUCUUUGCCAGCUGGGAGAAAAAGGGACAGAUAGGGAGAGAGUAAGAGCCGUUUUGUUGUGAGUUUCCUCUGUAGUGUCUUUCUUCAAGCCAGUGAGAGCAUUUCACAGGCAUGAGUCAGUCCAGAGUGAUGUUCCAGUCUCCAACCAGAGACAAGGAGGACAGUGAAGCCCCUCAGCGCAGGCUCGGGAAGCUGACUGUCAAAUAUGACCGUAAGGACCUGCAGCGGAGGCUGGACGUCGAGGAAUGGAUUGACAGUCAGCUGCAUUUGCUGUUUGACUGCGAGGAAGAUGACAUUCCUGAGCUGGAGAUUGACAUUGAUGAACUUUUGGAACUGUCAGACUGUGAGCGGAGAUCGAAACUGCAGGUGGACCUUCUCUGCGAUUGUGGCAAACCCAAAGAGAACUUUAUUGAUGGAUUGCUAUAUCGUAUAAAAGGACUUCGAAAAAUGUCGGGCACCUUAAGAAAAUGAAUUCAAGGACAAACAGAAGCUUUUAUGGACAAAUGUAAAAGAAUAUAGCCAAGAUCACUCUUAAAAAUGAAGGCUUUUAUGCUUUAGGAGAACCUUUUUAACCUUCUGAAGUUGUUGAGAGUAUUGUGAGUAUUCUGAUGAUUUAAAAAAUCCAUAUUUUUUUUUUUCUUCAUCGGAGCACCACCACAAGGAACUAUUUUAUAAUAGUUGUCUACAAAACACAUAUUACAUGUGAGGUCUAAUAAUGAAAGGGUAUAUUAUCACUAGUUUUCAGGCAGCUAAUGCUUUACUCUACAGUAUAAUAUCUGACUUAUUUUAAAGCGAUUGAAAGAGAGUUUGUUUUGGAAUGGUUGAUUAUUGACAGAUUAUUACUUUAUUAAGUGGUAAAUCAAACUCUUCCAAGAACUCAGGCUUGUUAGUUUACUUUAAGCUUUAUUACCUUUGUUGCUGCAAUUACUGCUUUUCAAUGUCUUUGUUCUUUCCAGUGAAAAGGAUCGUUUUGCUGUUGACCUGUUCACUGCGGAAACGCCUGUUGCUGGUUUGUAGUUGUUGGCAAAACAGCGACAUCUUGUGGUGAUAAGAUUUGAACUACGGGGUGUUCCUUCAAUGGGCUCGUUUGACCCUGUGGAAUGUCAUAAACCUUUCCUUCACAUUUCAAAUGAUGUAUUGUGUUUAAUGGUGUUCUGUGGUGGAAAUGACAUUUUUAACAUUUCUGGAAUAAAAUUGCCCAUUCCUUUGAUAUGCUUAGGCUAAUUUCAUUGAUAGCAUUUAUGUAUCAUAAAUACAAUUAAAUAAUAUUUCUGCUGGUUUUGCAUAAUUUGAUAAAAUUGCAACUUUACUGUAAAAACCGCACAGUAACAAUGUUUCACAGGUGAUAUUUACCAUGAUUUUUCUUUGUUUUCUUCACACACCACAUCAAUCUCUUCACUGACAGUGACACUGUUGACUCCUUGGUAAAUAGGUUAAAACAAAUGUACACUUGACAACUUUUGAUAAAGACUCAAUAGUUGCAAAAUUGUUGGAUGUGAUGGAGGAAUGGAAUUUGUGUAAAAAUGAAUAUACAUUUUGUAACAAUAUUAAACUGGUUCAUGCUUAUUUCA